UGUUGACAAUUGACAUCGACAGCUAACAAUUCGACCUCUGAAUUCGACCAAAAUUGUAGUUGCGUUAAUUUACUUUAACUUUUAAUAAGUACUGAACAAUGAACUUGCUAAUUAUGAUUUACAGACAUAGAGCUUAUUGUUCAUCAUAAUAUAUUGUUAUUAAUAAUUUAGAGUUGCGGUGUCGGUAUUUUUAGUGAAAUACUCAAAUGUUUCAGAGCAGUUAUUGUGUUAUUUAAGCUUAUUUAUUUAUAAACAAUGCGCACUUGCAACGUAAAAGGUUGCAAGAGUACAGAUGAUUUCAACAACACAAAGUUAAUACAUUUGCCCAAAAAUGAAGAUACAAAAAAGCAGUUACUAGAAUCAAUUGGAUUGGAAAAUGUCAAUUAUGCCUCACAAUUCGUUUUUAUCUGCUCAUAUCACUUCAAAGAAUUAAACAUCAGCAGAAUUUUAAAUCCAAAAAAAAUGCAAGAUGACAUUGGAAAAUCCCCAGAUUUAUUGGUAAGGCAUAAAGAGAUGAUCCCAUGUAAAAAUACACUUGAAGGAGGAAUUACCCACAUAAUAGCAUCAAAACCGAAAUGCUUAAUAUCAGAUUUACAGCUAUCACCUGAAUACAUGGCCAUAAGUGAAAAUCUGCUGUGUGGUGAUGCUAACAUUAUAGAAACCAGCCCCUGUAUAAUUGGUGCUAUGAGAAAAAAAUGUUCUGAUUUAAUGACUGAAAACAAUAUAAUAACAAAAUUGAAGAACAAGUGUGAAAAGCAACAAAAAACAAUUGAAGUAUUGCAGACAGAACUCAGAAGACAUCAAAAGAAAAUGCAAGAUUAUGAGAACGUUAUAAAAAAAUUAAAAAACAGACAUAAAUGUAAUUCGCAUUCGUGAUCUUAUAAUAGAAUAACAGGGCUAUGAAAGUGCUUAUAAUUUUUUGCACACUAACAUUUGAAGUAGCUAGUAAUGGUAUAACCGCAGUAUGGUUUUAUGGAAUAAUACUUUAUUUCAGAACUAUUCAGGUAGUACCCGAUUUUAUAUUUGAAUGGCUCAGCCAUGCAAAUGCCUAGAGCGGUAAAUAUGAGCACGCUAGAUGGUCGCACGAAGUCCCCACUUUCCACUUGAAGAAAAAACUUAUACAAAAUGCUUAACGGCCCAACAUAGAAGUAUUUUUUUAAGAUAUUUUCUUUCUUUGUAACAACAGGCUCAUUACUUCUAUAUGAGAUUUCUUCCCUUUGGGAGGAAAAUUAGUCUAUUUCGGUUCUGUGCCUGAUCUCUGAGAUAUGUCUUCAAUCUCCAAGGCUGCUGUAGUGACACAGCGGGGUUCUGUGAUAAUUUUCACUUAGGGUCUUUGAAAUUGGAUGGUUUUCUUCAACUUUGGUUUCUGGCCACUGCUUCAAUGCCUGUUGACACUUAAGCUAUUCGCAUCCAUGCUACCAUUAUUCCAUGAGAAGCUGGUCCUGUUUUUCCUCGUUUCGUAACGAAUAGGAAUUAAUCAAUUAUUGAAUGUGAAAACUAGGUAAACAGUAAAUGAUAAUAAAGAAUAAGUUAAAUUAUAUUAUUUAUGGUAUUUCACAGAAACCAAUUUUAAAUCGAUUAACAUUUUAUAAAGCAGUAGAGAAUAACAACUCUACUUGCCAGCAGUAACUCUACAAAGAUUAAAGAGUAUUUAUUAUAAAAGUACAUACUCCUUACUUCACAUCCUCGGAUGUUUUAAGAAUUUAACGAUAAAUUCUGCAGUCUCGUGCUGGAACUUAAAUCUAUUAUCCAGGAACCGAAGAAUGGUUUGGUGAACUUGUCAGCCAAUUGUAGUUCCAAAGUUGGUUCCACUAUGGUAUCUCCAUAACUCACAUAUUCUCUUACGAAGGAAUGUUUAAAUUUGAUAGGUUUAGUGCGCUUAUGGCAUUCGUAUCUAGGGUAAUGUGAAAGUUUUACAGCUGAUUAAUUCUCCAGCUUCAAGAUCGGUUUCUCUACGUGAAUCAAGCUGUUAAGGAGGCGAUUCAAUUAUAAAAUUUGUUGCGCCGUCUCAUUAACCGUUAUUAUCUCAGCUUCAGUCGAGGAAAUGGAGUACUUAGGGAUGACUUACGCCAUGAUGUUUUCAAGAUUUGUUUAUCUUCGGAUGAACAUUUUUUUUUAUUAAAUUAGCCCAUCCCGUUCUUUCCAUACUUCCAAGCACAUAUCUUGUAUCCUUGGGAGGAGGAUGGUUUGUUCGAAGGUCUAGCAGAUGAUUGUAUAGAUUUCUCAUUAUGCACUAUCUGUCUAGCACUCUUUUCUUGAGAAUCGGUUGCCAGAAGACGUUCUCCUAUCUGGGAUCUUAAGAGCUGAAAUAUUUGUAAAUGUAUAUAAUUUGUUCAGCCUUUUUAAGUUGAAGACUGGUUUCCAUUGUUCUCUGACUUUAGUGUUAAAAACAAUUUUGACAGGAAGCUGGUCUUGCUUUUUAAUUCCUGGAUGGAUUUCUUUGUCCAUCGGCAGUGAAGUUGGUGUUUGGAAUUUUUUAGUAAUACUGGUAUGAAAGGUGUGGUUGGUGCUUUUAUCGAGAAGAAUUACAGAGCCGUUUAAGAUGCUUAUGAUGGAUUCCGGUGCACCAACAUUUUUCCAAGCUGAUAUGUGGUCGAUUAGUUGUCCCGCUCGGAAACUUUUCUAGUCAAAGGUAACGUCGCUUUUCCCCCACUCCUUUCUUUGAAACCUUGCCGUUAGUGGUUUCUGGCGUCGUUUGAAUUCAAUUUUCCUAAAUUUCUUAUUACUUUCAUGUAGUUUUAUGAAGGAAGUAAGAUCUCGAUGUUGCUUUUUAUUUUUCUCUUUUUCCGAAUAAUUUGGUAUUAUUCGACGAGGGAGCGGAGCAAUUUUCCAGACGCCAUGAGUUUUAAUGGCCUCUUGUAGCUCAGCUUCAUCCCAUAAGUGGAUUCCAGACGAGGGAAUCUCACUAAGAAUAGAUCUGUAGUAAUUAUUCUUUGGCUCAUAUAAUUUUUGCCGGAGCUCGAUUGCUUCAACGCGUUUCCUGCAAGUGUACUGGUUUAAAUCGUCAGAUAUUAAGCGAAAUUCGUUAUCUGCAGCUAACAUAUUUUUCAAGUUUUCAAUGGCUUUGGGGUGUUAAUUUGCCACUUUUUUAAAAGCCUCUUGAAGCCGCAGGCGUUGCAUUAAAAGACCAUGUGUCACAGUGACAUAAGCAGAGUCGCAUUUUCCUAGCAGAUCUCUAAGCUGACUAGGCUGAGAGUGUUGAUAAAGAGACGAAUUAACACGUAGGCAGUGGAACACAGAGGAAGCUUGAAACUUCUUGUGGGAGUCAGCAUAACGGACUUUGUUCCAUGUAGGUUCUCCCAUACAUAAGCAUUUUUAACCUUCUUGUUCCAAAAUAGGAUUUGGUCUAGGAACUGUCGCUUUUUUUUGUAGCCGGUUAAAAAUUAUCCCAUUUCGUUCGUUUCAUUAAUAUGGUGGCUUGGGGGUAAGUCUAGGAGUGGGCUCGGAGGAUUCCAAUUCAAGUUUUCUGACCUAUGUAGUAUGAUUCUGUUUAUUUGUACACAUCAUCUCAUUCAGGUUCUGCAUCAUCCACUCCAUGCGAUCUGGUCUCAACUCUGUGGCAUCCAUUUUGAUGCAUAUACAUGUUAAAAUUCUGUUGCAAAACUAUAGCUAACUUAACUCCUUUUCUUUUUUUUUAUACAAACCAUAAACCAAACUAUACAAACUAUUUCAAUAGAUGGCGUUAAUUUCACAGAUGUUCUCUGUCUUCUUUCACGCUUCAACUCGUGUAAUUUCCUAAUAAAAACUAACUCCGUUUAUAUACGAUAAUUUAUUAUUUUAUCAGUUUGCCUUAUCAGUGUAUGAAAUACCCUCUGCAACUCCAUUUUUCAUUUUGUUUAAACUAGUACUGUUUAUGUGCCCCAUGCGUCUAUGCCAAGUUUCACUUGAUGCCAUAGCUGUCGCUACUAAUAACUGUUCUGUUCUCAUAGUGUAUAAUCUGUACACACCUUCUACUAAUUCUGCCAUUCCGACAAGAACUUUCUGUUGAUUAUAAAUGUAGCAAGCAUUUUCUUUAAACACCACACUGUUCCCAUUUUUUAUCAACUGACUGACGGAAAGCGAGUUGGUUGUUAAAUUUGGUAUGCACAAUACAUCUAAAACUGUGAUGUCAUAUUCUUGAUCAUUCACAACUGUGAUGAUAUUAACAUCACCAGAACACAGCACUGGAACGCAUGUCUGAUUUGCCACAACGAUUUCUUUGGUUUCAUGUUCGUAUGAUGGAUUCGCGAUGUAUUUUUGUUUCGCGGUCAUAUGUUUACUGGCCCCGCUGUCAAAAUACCAGUUGUUGGCAUUAAAUUUGCCAUUUAGAAAUAUAGCACUGAAUGCAUUGGAUUGUUUUCUAUUGCUGAAUUCAGAGUUAGGGCACUGAUUUUUAUAGUGGCCGGUUUGUUUGCAUUUAUAGCACUUUAUAACUUUGACAGCUUUUGACGUUUCAUUAAUUUGUCUUUGGGCACUUUUGGGAAAGCUAUGUUUUGAUCUAUGCACACUUUUCGCGGCAAAAUCAUUUUCUGAACCGGAACCCGUUACAUUUUCACUACACAUAUCCAUCAAUUUUGUUUUUAUGACUUCUGCACUUAUAUUAAUGCCAGAGUGCUCAAUAGCCAUUAUCAUAGGGCUAUAUUUUUCUGGUAAUCCUGCUAACAUUAAUGCGCCGAUCCACUCAUCGGUUAUCUUGAAACCUGUACCUUGAAGUCGCUGCCCGGUUUCUAUAAUCUAAGUCACAUUCUGAGUCAUACAAUCACUAUUUUCAAGUCGAAUGUUGACGAGCUUUCGUAACAAACUAAUUUUUCUUGUAUAACCUGCAUCAUCAAACAUAUUCUUCAACUUACUCCAUAAAUCAUAUGUUGUUGUUGCGUACUUAAUGUGUACAUAAAGCGAUGGAUCGAUUGUCAAUACGAGUUUUGCCUUUGCUUUAGCAUCUUCAGUUGUUUGAGCUGCUGUAGGCGAAGCCGGUAACCUCUCUGUAAUGGCCGACGCCAUGCCUUCCAAUACCAACACAUUUUGUACCGCAAAACACCAAUCCUCAUAGUUCUCGCGACCUUUCAACUUAGGUAUGUUAGCGAUAUAAUUCGUCGUCAUUUUAUCACAAAACCACACAGUACUAUUUACUUUAAGCAAUUUUUUUUAUGUCCUGGGCCCAUAACCUGUUAAAAUUCUGUUGCAAAACUAUAGCUAACUUAACUCCGUUACUUUUUUUUUUUUAUACAAACCAUAAACCAAACUAUACAAACUAUUUCAAUAGAUGGCGUUAGUUUCACAGAUGUUCAUAUAUUAAAUUUCAACAAUACAGAGGGUAUUUAGUAGCCUCUAAUUCUGUCAAGUGACAGGGUAUUGGGAGUUAUUUUCAUCUGUUGAAGAUGAUAAAAUUAUUUUCCGUUUCCUUGUUCAUUUUGUUUUUGACAUUUUGCGUACUGAAUGUUGGCUUAUUCUGUCUCUUAAGUCAGACCUAGAAUGGUUUCCGAUCCUAUUUUGGUGGGAUACUUCCGUAAAAGUAUAAUGUUUCCCUGGAAUAAACAGAUGCCCUUAUUGGGCAACUGCUCUGUUAUAUAAUUCUGUCUUUUAUAAAACUGUUACUGUCUGUUAUAAAACUUGGGUUCGUGAUUAAGGCUUCAAAUGUCCAACUCUAAAAGUUUAAUUUUCAUAUUCUUGUAGGAUUUCUCGCCAAUUGUAUCUAUUCAAGAUAGAAUGCUUGGACCAGCUCUAUCGAUGGAAUGGCGAACCGUAUUUUAUUAAGCACCUUGUAGUCCGACGACUUCCAUUCUCUCCAACCAGCUUAAAGAUUCUUCAAUGAUUACUUUAAUUUUACUAAGGAUUUCUUCGUCAUCUUCUUCUCAAUCCCGAUGACAUAGUUCACCCAGUGUGACGAGGUUUUGCGAAGUCGCCAUUUAUUGAUUGGGAAAACUGGAACUUUUUUAUAUUCUUUAAUAAUAUAAAUGUUCUUUCUUCUUAGUUUUAAUAAAGCAUUCGGCUAACUUACAUUGACAAUCGUCAUUAGUGACGUGCCAGUAUGAAAAAAUUCGACAAUAAGAUUAAAACGAAUAUACAAAACUGUGUAUCUACGCCUACCGCCACCUGGUGAGGGUGGAGGGGAUAGUACAACAACACACCCUCAACACUUAGGGACAUUGGCGCCACUUUAAGUUUAAUAAUAUGAAUAUUUUACGACAAUGUCAAGUAUUGAUAGGAUAAAAGAUUCAAAUUGUGUCACUAGAUGGCAGAGCUUUCGUCGGGCACGUUCCCAAUAAAAAAACUACAUAUUAAAGAUCUGUUUGCAAUAA